UAAACAGAUGGGCGGCACGAGGGCGGGACUUAGUGCUUGUGAAAAGCAAGGCUUGCACUGUCAUACUUUUGAAGGAUUGAUUAUCGUGUAUUUCCAUCUUAAAUGCGUUCAUAUUUAUUAUUUGUCACGUUUUUGGAAUAUUUACUUUGACUGCAGUCCCAAAGGAGUAACGGAUCGGUGAAAGGAGAUUGUACAACGGUAUACGAAAGCGGAAGAACUUUCUUGUAGCACUGGGACUGAAGUUAGCUUCUGUUGAGUAAGCCUCUCGAGAAAUAGCCGAUACAUCAUUACUUCGUACUCGCCAGCUUGUCAGCCGGUUAAUUUUGCUGUCAUAAUUGGUCAUUUGAAAAUUUGCUCUAAGACGAGAAUACGAACACAGGAUAGCUUGCUAGCAGUCGUGCUGUCAGAGAGCCAGUGCUAUGCAGAGGAGGUAGUACUGCUGGACCUGACACUCCAUACUCUGCUCACCACAAGCUUCUCUGCACUCUGCUCUCUGUGGUGGGUGAAGGGGACGGUGAAUGCCAGUAAUAACAUGAGGCUAGCUUAGUAAAACUGUAGUUAAAGUCAGGUCGGGAGUUAUACAAGCGUUUUGCUCUUUUUGCCUCACAACUCAGAAGACAGUCAUGCUGACUGAUAGUAGGAAGCGACACCGCAGCAGUGACAGUGAGGAGGACCAACAGCUGAGUCCUCAAGCCAAACGGCCUAGCAGUGGUCCCUGCCUCCUAGUCUCUGAUCUGGAUUCAGAGUCUUCCAGCAAUGAUAGCAGUAAUGGGCUCUGCAAUCCUGAAGGAACAUUACUGAUCAGAACAAGCCCAUGCUCACACACCCAGAGCCACUGCAUCUCACAGUGCUCUCCCAGCCCAAAGCCUGAAGACUCUGCCAGCACUUUGCAGCAUGGUUUCCAUGGCGACAGCAGCAGUGUCUCCUACGACUACAUCAACAGAGUGUUGCGGGAGGCACACUUCAGCAGUCUGCAGACCAGGGGACGUCCAGGCUCCACAUGACGUUAUAUGUGACCUAUCUACUGAUAGCCUGUCUCUCUCACGUCAGAGCCAAGUGUCCUGGCUCGGAGGUCCCUCAUAUGGAAAUGUCAUGUGAACAAGUCAGGAGAAAAAGUGUGACAUGUACCAUUUGUCGAGACCAUAAGCACAUCAACAAUACUGUGACCCUGCCACUGUGGUAUAUGUGCAGUAUUGGUGGGUAUGUUGUGUGUAAGUGUGCGUGCAUGCACCCAGUGCACUUUAUUAAGAGGAGUCCUUCUCUUUACAUGCGUGUCAAUGCGUGGACAUCUUCAUUGGUGCUAAUCACAACAUAAAUGUGACCAUUAAGUGCUCGAGUAUCUAAAUAAAGCUAAGCACUUUCA